AUGUCGAAAUCACCGACUGAACAGAUAGAAUUCACGCAGACAAAAUUGGAGAAUGCCUCGGACGCUCUGUACGAGGCGUACGCCUCCAAGGGCCCCGAAUGGCACCAGCAGAUGACUCGACGCUUACUCCGAAAGGUGGAUAUGCAUCUCCUGCCCUUCCUGGUGGUGAUGUAUCUGCUGAACUUCCUGGAUCGAAAUAAUCUCUCACAAGCCCGGCUUGGUACAUUGGAAAAAGACCUGGGGAUGGCAGGGACUGACUUCAACUUGGCGACAAGUAUUUUGUUCGUCGGAUACCUGCUCAUGCAGCUGCCGUCUAACCUGCUGCUGACGCGUGUGAGGCCGUCCUGGCUGCUGGGUGGAGCGAUGGCGAUCUGCUCCCUGGCCAACGCGUUUGGCGGCCUCAUAGGCGCCGGUGUCCUGGGCAAUCUGGACGGGGUACACGGAGUUGCGGGCUGGAGAUGGCUGUUUAUCAUCGAGGGCAGCAUCACAGUCGGCGUAUCGCUCUUCUCGACCGUCUGUCUUCCCAACUACCCGGCGACCACCUCCUGGCUGGACGAGACCGAACAAGCCUAUGCUCAGUGGCGCCUCAUCAAUGAUGCCGGCGAGGCCGAUGAUACAAACGCUGUCAGCAUCAAAGACGCGCUGGCGAUGGUGUUCCGGGACCGACGAAUCUACCUCUUUAUUCUACUACAGCAUAGCUCACUUCUCUCGCAGACCUUCCAGUACUUCUUCCCGACGAUUGUCAAGACACUGGGCUACGGGAGCAUCGAGACCCUGCUGAUCACUGCGCCCGUGUGGAUCGCCACGUUCCUUGUCUCUCUGUUGGUGACCUGGACGUCUGGACGGACCAACGAUCGCAGCUGGCACAUCGUGGGGUUGAUGAGCGAUGCCCAUGGGCGCUGUGUCAGCGUACCAAAUCAUCAUCGCCUGGGUAGCCAAUUCAUUCCCCCGUCCGCUGGUCAAGCGCUCGGCAGCUAUCGCGACGGCCAAUAUGAUCGGGAACACGGCGACAAUCUAUGGCAGCUAUAUGUGGCCUUCAUCUUCUGGACCGCGAUAUGUUCCCGGGGGCAGUGCGACAGCAGUGGUAGCCGUUCUGGUGGCAGUGCUGGCCUGGGUAAUCCGGAUGGUGCAUUACAGGAUGAAUAA